AGAGAAGAAUAGAAGAUUGUAGGAGAGAGAAAAAAAUUUGUCCUUCAUUUUUUUUUUUUUGGGUGUUUCAAUGGUUCAACUGGGAACCCACAGCAAGGUGUGAGAAGAGAAAAGAAAUUUUAUUUCUUUUUUGGAUGGGUCUUUCUGAACCUAUGAUCUUGUGAAAACCCAGAAAGCGAUUUUGGAUGCACUGAUAGGAUUGGUCGAUUCACUCGCUUCUUCGGUGGCCGCUGAUUUUGUCACAAAUGAACGGUGGCGAUGAAGUCAUCGCAGCUCCGGCGGGUCCCCCGCAACCUCUGGAGUGGAAAUUCUCGCAGGUUUUCGGCGAACGUGCGGCAGGAGAAGAGGUUCAGGAAGGUAAUUGUUUAAGUGCCAUGGACAUAAUUUCUGCUAUUGAAUUUGACAAGUCUGGCGAUCAUCUUGCUACUGGUGAUCGUGGUGGUCGAGUAGUUCUCUUUGAGAGGACAGAUACUAAAGAUCAUGGCGGAUCAAGAAGGGAUUCGGAGAGGAUGGACUAUUCUAUUAGCAGGCAUCCUGAGUUCCGUUACAAAACAGAGUUUCAGAGUCACGAGCCUGAGUUUGACUAUCUUAAGAGCUUGGAGAUAGAAGAGAAAAUCAACAAAAUCAGAUGGUGCCAAACAGCUAAUGGUGCCCUCUUCCUUCUUUCAACAAAUGAUAAAACCAUCAAAUUUUGGAAGGUUCAAGAAAAGAAGGUCAAGAAAAUUUCUGAGAUGAAUGUUGACCCUUCAAAAACAAUGGGAAAUGGCUGUAUUGCUAGUUCAAGUAAUUCAAAUAGUUCUAGGCCAUAUCUUGCCAAUGGAGGAUCUCCAGAUAGAUCACACAAUUUUCUAAGCAACGACCUCUCAUUUCCACCAGGAGGCAUACCAUCACUAAGAUUACCCACGGUAGUAAGUAGCCAUGAGACCAGCUUGGUGGCUCGAUGUCGUAGAGUAUAUGCCCAUGCUCAUGAUUAUCAUAUCAAUUCUAUUUCAAAUAACAGUGAUGGCGAAACUUUCAUAUCAGCUGAUGAUUUGCGAAUAAAUCUUUGGAACUUGGAAAUUAGCAAUCAAAGUUUUAAUAUCGUUGAUGUAAAGCCUGCAAAUAUGGAGGAUCUGACAGAGGUUAUAACAUCAGCAGAAUUCCACCCUACACAUUGUAAUACGCUGGCAUACAGCAGUUCGAAGGGUUCAAUCCGUCUUGUUGACUUGCGGCAAUCAGCAUUAUGUGAUUCUCAUGCCAAACUAUUUGAGGAACAGGAGGCCCCUGGGUCCAGAUCGUUUUUCACAGAGAUUAUUGCUUCUAUUUCAGACAUAAAAUUUGGGAAGGAUGGAAGAUACAUACUUAGUCGUGAUUACAUGACUUUAAAGUUAUGGGACAUUAAUAUGGAUUCAGGCCCAGUUGCAACUUUCCAGGUUCACGAGUAUUUGAGACCGAAGCUUUGUGAUUUAUAUGAGAAUGAUUCAAUUUUUGAUAAGUUCGAAUGUUGUCUGAGCGGUGAUGGAUUGCGCGUGGCAACGGGUUCUUACAGCAAUUUAUUCCGCGUGUUUGGUUGUAACCCUGGAAGUGCUGAGGCUACAACUUUGGAAGCCAGUAAAAAUCCAAUGAGACGGCAAGUUCCAACCCCUUCAAGGCCUUCUAGAUCACUGGGAAAUAGUAUAACACGAGUUGUAAGACGAGGAGCAGAAACCCCUGGGGUUGAUGCAAAUGGGAAUUCUUUUGAUUUCACGACAAAGUUGCUACACUUAGCAUGGCACCCAUCUGAAAAUUCAAUUGCUUGUGCUGCUGCAAAUAGCUUGUACAUGUACUAUGCGUAAAGAAAGAUGACUGAAGGAGGACAUGUAUUUGCUUGGUUAAAUUGCUGUGGAGAAGGCUUACCAGCCACCAAGUUGGAGGCUAAUAUUAACUCUCCCACUACAAGUGCCCUUCAAAGCUUUUAGGAAAAAAAAGAUUCAGAAGUGGCUGUUUCCGAAUUCCAGGGUAGGCAAGACCUUAUUUUGUUACUGGAUGGGCACAGCAUCUCUCUUCUUCUUUCCCCAUUCUCCUCCUUCCAACCCCUAAUAUUCUUUUCCCCUAUUUCUGUAUCUUCUUCUGAAAGAGAAGGUGCAGUCAAUGUUUCAAAUUAUGUUUGGCUUGCAAGUGAAGAAGAAAAUGUGAUUGUAGCUCUCCUACAACAGAUACUAAAGGAUGUUCAAUAUCUGCCACUAGGAUUAAGAUUACAAAAAUGUAGUUUUUCUUUUUCUUUUUGCCCAGAUAUCUCUGUGGGAUGGAGCAGUUGAAACCUGCAAUGCAUCAUUUUUUCAUUGAUUAUUUUUGUGUUGGAAUUUAAUUUGA